GGGGGGGGUCAGCACCCCGCCCAUCCAUCCCCCACGGCCGCUUCCGGCUGUCUCGCGCGCGCGCUCGGCAUUGUGGGAAGGCGAGGCCCAAGAUGGCGGCUCCCACGCUCAAGUGGAAGCGGAUCACUGGCUCGACGGGACCUGUGCCGCGGCCGCGCCACGGCCACCGCGCCGUCACCAUCAAGGAGCUCAUGGUGGUGUUCGGCGGCGGCAACGAAGGCAUCGUGGACGAGCUGCACGUCUACAACACGGCAACAAACCAAUGGUUCAUCCCGGCGGUGCGUGGCGAGAUCCCACCGGGCUGCGCAGCGUACGGCUUCGUGUGCGAUGGCACACGGCUGCUUGUGUUCGGCGGCAUGGUGGAGUACGGGAAGUACAGCAACGACCUGUACGAGCUGCAGGCGAGCCGCUGGGAAUGGAAGCGCCUAAAACCGAAACCCCCGAAGCACGGGCCGCCCCCGUGUCCCCGACUGGGCCACAGCUUCUCGCUCAUCGGCAACAAGUGUUACCUUUUUGGGGGUCUUGCCAACGAUAGCGAGGACCCCAAGAACAACAUUCCCAGGUAUCUGAACGACUUGUACGUGCUGGAGCUGAAGCCGGGCUCGGGGGUGAUGGGCUGGGACAUCCCCGUGACACAGGGUGCCCCGCCACCCCCCCGCGAGUCCCACACGGCUGUCGUCUACCCCCAGCCCCCUGAGACCUCCCCUGGAACCCCGACACAGCCGGCACUCACCCAGCCGCUGGGACGUCGGCCCAUGCUCGUCAUCUACGGAGGCAUGAGCGGGUGCCGCCUCGGAGAUCUGUGGACGCUCGACGUUGACACAAUGACCUGGAGCCAGCCAAUGAUGUCGGGCAUUGCUCCUCUCCCUCGCAGUCUUCACUCUGCCACAGUCAUCGGACCCAAAAUGUUCGUAUUUGGAGGAUGGGUGCCCCUUGUGUUGGAAGAUGCAAAAGUAGCGACACAUGAGAAGGAAUGGAAAUGCACCAGCAACCUCGCCUGCUUAAACCUGGAAACGAUGACCUGGCAGUCAGUGCCGACUGACACGUCUGAGGAUAACAACCCGCGCCCGCGCGCUGGCCACUGUGCCGUGUCCAUCAACUCACGCCUGUUUGUCUGGAGCGGCCGAGAUGGCUACCGCAAGGCCUGGAACAACCAGGUGUGCUGCAAGGACCUGUGGUACCUCGAGACAGAGAGGCCACCGGCGCCGGGUCGUGUGCAGCUGGUGCGCGCCAGCACGGACUCGCUCGAGGUGAGCUGGGGUGCAGUCAGCACGGCUGACGCCUACCUCCUACAGCUACAGAAGUAUGACAUCCCGCCGCCAGCCGGCGCCACCCCAGUGCAGGCCCCUGCAGGCGUCAGCGCCAUGGAUCAAGCCUCUGCCUCUGCAGCCGCCGCUGCUGCUGCCGCCAUGGCCGGCGACAAGAGCCCCUCGCACGCUGCCACGGCGCCACUGAUGGCUGCCGGCAUCCCCACUAGCCCCAUGCCACAGAUGACUACGACCGGAGGCAUCCGUCUGCUGGGCGCAUCGGCGGCCGGAGGAAUUGGGGCAGCCAACGCUCAAGGAACGACCGUGGUGCGGGUGCAGACCACGCAGGGAGCCGGUGCAUCCUCUUCUCCGAUCUUCACCGUCACACGCAAGCCCACCAACCCGGGCAUCACCGUUUCCGCCCUACCCACGACCGUUUCUGGCACGCCACAGAUGAGUGGCAUGGCAGCGCUUGCUGCUGCGGCUGCCGCCACCCAAAAGAUCCCUGCAGGGGCCUCUUCGUUGGCAGCCACCACAACCACACUCGCAGCUGGAUCCACAGGCAUCCCAGGCACCAUUAAAGUUCCUCCCGGCACUGUUGUGCGCCAUUCCCUUCAGGUGAACGCUCCUGCGACCUCCAUGCUGAAGUCGGCCAUGGCCCAGGUGUCUUCACCUGGAACAGUGUCGGGGACCUCGGGCAGGCCCAUCAUCACCGUGCACAAGUCCGGCACCAUCUCGGUAAUGCCGCAGGCGCAGGUGGUCACCACCAUGAUCGGAGGCGUCACCAAGACCAUCACCCUCGUCAAGAGCCCCCUGUCCGUGGCUGGGGGCGGCACACUGCUCUCCAAUCUGGGCUCUCUGGUGACGCUGAUGCAGACUAAGCCUGUGCAGUCUGGGGUUGUCACUUCGCAGGCGAGCUCUCUCGCCCACUUCAUUCAGACCAAGGGCACCCUGCCUCCGGGCGCUACCAUCGUGAAGCUGGUGACAUCGGCGGACGGCAAGCCUGCCACGCUCAUCACCACCUCGCAGGCGGGUGGCAUGACUGGCACGGCACAGAUCCUCAACAUCGGUGCCAUGGCCGGCCACACGGGCACCGUCAUGGGCAAGCCCGGCGGUGCCACCAUCAUCAAGACCAUCCCAAUGUCGGCGCUCAUGGGCCAAGCUGGGGCUACAGGUGGAACUCAAGCAGGUGGAAUGAAGUCCCCCAUCACUUACAUCACCACUAAGGUCAUGACCUCUGGAACCGGAGCUCCAGGAAAGAUUAUCACAGCCAUGCCUAAACUAGGCAGCACCCAGUCCGGAGUCACACAGGUGCUGCUGCGUGGGACAGGCCCUGCCGGUACCAUCCUGCGCGCCGUUACUCCCAUGUCGGCCGCCACCAUGAUGGGAGGGGUGCGUCUGGUUUCCCCUGCAACCGUCACUGCAGGGAAGCCUGCCCUUACCACACUGGUCGUCAAGGGCACCACAGGCAUGACGACACUGGGCACAGUUACCGGUGCCCUCAGCACACAGACUGCGGCUGGCGUGACGUGCGUCCCGGCCGCACUGGCGACGCCUGUCACGACGCUGGCCACCAUCGCCGCCCUCUCAUCUCAGGUGGCUGGCGUGGCGGGGCCGUCGGCACCCAACGUAACCCUCACCCAUGUCACCAGCACCACGGCCGUGCCUGCCACAUCUAUCAACCAGCCGGUGAUGUUGGCACAGCAGCUUGUCAAGCCACAGACCGUGGCUGUGUCAGUUGUCCCCGUUGCCCAGCCCCCAGCAGAGGUGGUUGCACCGCCCGAGUGCAAAAGCCCGCCGCACGAGACGUCGGAGACCAACACCACCAACACGUCAACCACAACCACAGCCAGCAUGGACCCCAACCAGGUUCAGCCUCCCCCUACGGGCGAGGGUGGUAUUCCGGAGAGCGUGCACGGGGAGACCGCCACAGCCGGCACCACCAACACGGCCACCAACACCGUGUCAGCCGCCCAGCCCCGCGCCGUCACCAACGUCACGCAGUCAACGCCCGCCCCGGGGCCCGCCAUCUCGAGCGUUGCAUCGUUACACCUGCAGACGAUCGCAUCCACUUCGGACCAAGCGGCCAGUUCAGAGACUGCAGCCACCACCUCCAACAGCGGUGGUGGUGGGGGGGCGGCAGCAGUAGCAUCCACAGUUUCGGCGACAACAACAAUAGCGACAGCAGCGACGGCAACGGUGACAGUAGCAGCAGCAGUCGCGAUCCCACCAGCACCAAAGGCAGGCGAGGCCGCCCCCCAACCCGCACAGACGGUGAACACUGCCGUGAAUCCACCGGCAAGCACUAAUGUGGCCCCGGCGCCAGCAACCGUAGCAGCAGUAGUAGUAGCUCCACCACAGCCCCCUUCAUCCUCGGCACCAUCAGCCCCUGCUGCUGCUGCUGCCGCCACCGCCAUCACCAUGACUGCAACCACUGCCACUGUGGCCAUCAAGGUGGCCGUCCCGGCACCGCUCCCCACGACCACCAUCAUCCUGCCCCCGACAAACGCGGCACCAGCGUCGGUCAGCACCCCCGCGUGCCUGUCCAGCGCCGAGACGGCAACCGUCGUCCUUCAGCCAGCGUCGCACGCAGGUUCGCUACUGCCCUCCAAGAUCGAACCUCUAGCGCCAUCAGAUGCGCUGGCCCCAGCUGACAGCCUCAACGACCCCGCUCCGGAGUCGAACCACUUCCCAGUGCUUGCAGGCCUUGCUCCGUCCAGCACACUUCUCACCGCUCCGGUGCCCACCGUCGUGCCCAUCCUGCCCACCGUGCCCAUCCUGCCCACAGUCGUGCCCAUCCUACCCACCGUGCCCAUCUUACCCACCAUACCCAUCGUGUCCACCGUGCCCGCGAGCCCCGCCAAGCUGCAGGCGGCCACCGUGCUGGCCCAGGUGGCAAACAACGUCCCGUCAAGUCCUACUAUUAUCACUAUAGCGAAGCCGGAGGUGGUUGAGGCUGCGCCUAAACCGCUCGCCAAGAAGGAGUCUGCGCCCUGGUUUGACGUGGGCAUCUUCAAAGUGACCAACACCGUGGUGACUCGCUACCACCUGCCUCCUGACGACAGCAGCAUGGAGGACGGUGACGCUUCGAGUGGCAUCCUUGACCACAGCUCUCUCAAGCUGCAGUCACUGCAGCCCGGCACGGCCUACAAGUUCCGCGUGGCCGGCGUCAACGCCCUCGGUCGCGGUUCCUUCAGCGAGAUUUCCGCCUUCAAGACCUGCCUGCCGGGCUUCCCCGGGGCGCCCUCCGCUAUCAAAAUCAGCAAGACCCCGGAGGGAGCGCACCUGACGUGGGAGCCGCCGGCCCUGAAGUUCGGCCGAAUCCUCGAAUACGCUGUCUACCUGGCGGUGAAGCGGCCCAACCAGCCCCCUGCGCAAGCGGCCGGCGACGGCAAGACCGGCGCCCCGGCCGCCGCAGCCCAGCUCGCGUUUGCGCGCGUGUACUGCGGCGCCGAGCCGUCGUGCCUCGUGGCAAACGCCAGCCUGGCCGGCGCUCACCUCGACACGGGAGCCAAGCCCGCCAUCAUCUUCCGCAUCUCGGCGCGCAACCAGAAAGGCUAUGGCCCCGCCACACAAGUGCGGUGGCUGCAAGAUGCUGGCAAAGAUGCCCCAGGAAGCAAGCCGAUGGCAAAGCGACCCAUCACAUCGCCAGAAACCAAAACCCCGAUGGGCUUGAAGAAACCCAAACAGGAAGCUGUGUAAUUGGGAACAGACUACCACAACGCAAACGGCGUCUUUUUUUCUCUCCGAAAGCAAAGCGGUGAUUGUAAAACCAGCGCCCUGGGUGUUGCGCCCCCGAGGAAAAGGGGGGGGGGGUGGGAGCGGGGGGGAAAGAGGUUGUGGCGGUGGGGAGAAGCGAGUGGAGGUGAGGUGGUGGCAGCAGCAGCAGGCAAGCAUGGGGCAAGUGGUCGUGCGGGGGGUCAAGUGCCCAGGCGAGCGAGAAAGGUCUUGUUUGGUCUCCCUUUGGCGGCGAAGGUGGCGUCUGUGCGGCGGUGUCACGCCCGUAUGGUGCCAUCGCGAAUGGCGCCCGGGAUCUUGGCCGCCAGCCGUACCCGUUCUGUACCCUAUCACAUCAUGCAUUGCGUUUUACAGAAUUGGCUUGUACUUACCAAAAUUGAAGUUUUUAAAAACGUCGGCGUAGUUUUUUAAAAGCAUAUGAGUUUAUUUUAUCAAUAAAAAAAAGUGUUCUAUUGCCAAGCUUUAGCCGUUAUGUUACCCUUUUGCUUAUUAUUAAUUGUUUAUUUUUUAUUUCGUCCCAAGAACUUACAUUGUUUUUUUCUUUUUUGGCUUUUUUUUAUACAUUCACUGUAUAUUUCCCCGCCCCCCCCCCCCCCCAAUGUACUCUGUGAUUUUGAUUAGUGUAAUGUAUAGUCAUGGAUUUCGGGUCUAUUAACGCAUCGAAAGGACCGUCGUAAUUUACGCCUGUUAGAUCCUAAUGGUUUGGACUACUCACAGGAGACUGUAUAUAUAGGGUAGGUGUUGUUGUAUACUUAGUGAUCGUACCGAGAAACAAAAAAAAUAAAAACUGUUUAAAAAAACCUUAAAAAGAAACGAAACAAAAAAGGAAAAAAAAGCACUUGGCAUCCAUGCGUCUGACUUUCAAAAUAUAACUUUGUAUCGUCUCGAGGGACGCGACAAGAUCAUUACUUUUAAGUGGAAGUUUUGAGUCGGGUUUUGAAUUUAGAUGCGCCUUAACCAGUCUCAUUUUUAUAUUCCAAUCACCUGUAAUGGAAUUACACAUUAGAUUUUUAAUUCCAGAGUUUAGGGUUUAAAAUUUAAUGAAACACAACACAACAGGGUUGAUAAUAAAAAUGCAGCCGCUAAUCAAAUUGGAACUGGUGAUGCCUCCCGCACUUAUCGAUUUGCCGAUUUCUUCAGCGCCCGGCACGUUUGUUAAGUUGCAGCCUGUUCCUUUUGUCAGUAAAAGUGUUCAUCCGUGAGUGUUCGGCCAGGUGAGUUGUAGUUGUAAUGUUACUGAGCAUAUGUUCUUUCUUCCUUCCUUUUUUCGUUUUUGUAAAACUUUCCUUCGCUUUGUUUCUGCAGCUCCCCCCCACCCACCCCCACGUUUACAGCUGUUGUUGUGUAGGCACCAGAGGUGCAAUAACGCAUGUGUUUAAGAACCUGCUGUAAUCAUUUGUGUUUUUAAUGUGAAAGAGAAGCGAGAGGUUGAGGAAAUCAUUAAAGAGAGACAGAGAAAUGACAAGUGAAUUUCUGGAAUUCUGGGCAAGUAGAGCUGUCAAAAGUUUGCGACGGAUCAGUGAGGACAGGUGGUAACCAAAUGGGGGCUGAUUUUGUAAGAUAUUCAGUGUGUACAUUUACCUUUUAAAAAGUUUAAUAUAAACGUGUGAUAACUGCCCGUCGAUUCACUCUGGCAGGAUGGCAUGUUACCAGUAGCUCGUGGCGUUUUUGUUAUUUUUUUUCAAUUUUGAAAUGGUAGGUACCCUUUAGCUGAGAGACCAGUUCAUUUGAAUGUAACGGAUAUUGGCCGUUAGUUGCAUCCCUGCGACCCCUAACCUCUAGUUCUCCGGUUGUUGCUGCAUUGUAAAAAGGCUAUACUGCAUCGUAAGUUUCUGCCAAAACACAGUGCUGUUUGUGCUAUUUUGAAUAAAAACACUUUUGAGA